ACUUUCGGAUGUGAGGGAGCAGAUCUAUCCAAUAGCGGAAAAGAAGAGGUUGCGAAGGAGGUCCGAGCCGGGAAUGAGCUAGGCCAUCGGUGAGGGGCUACCGGCGGGCCGCUGUCGUUGUUUUCUUUGUCAUGACACAGUGAUGACUGUCCUCCCGACCCGCAAAGCUUUCUUCCAUUCUCGCUCUCACUUACGCCAAUUAAUCGCAUUAUCGCCCAAAUCUCCAAAUAUAAACCCUAAUAAAGUUUUGUUUACCACAGUCGCCUUACCAUUCAUAUCUUCCUCUGAAACAGAAACCCCAAGAAUAUCUGAAGACAAAGACUCCUCUGCAAUAUUGAGGCAAUGGGGCUGCUCCGAAGCUGACAUUUCCCAGAUUCUCCAACGCCUACCGUCGGUGAGGAAUAUGAAGCCGACCAACCUCCAGCCGAAGCUUAGGGUUCUUUGCGACCUCGGCCUUACUUCUUCCGACCUCGUAAAGAUCGUUAACUGCCGCCCGCGGUUCCUGAAUUAUCGGAUUGACAGGUUCCUCGAUGAACGUCUCCAGUACCUCCACUCCCUGUUCCAGUCGGAACAAGUGCUUCGUAAAGCCAUUGUGAGAAACCCUUCGUUGCUCAUAUACGACAUCCAUACUCAGAUUGAACCCGUUGUUGCUAUGUACGAGCAAAUGGGUGUUAUUAAAGACGAUUUAAUACCUUUGUUGGUUUGCAGGCCUACUAUAAUCCGGAGAAGUAGUUUAGAUGAUGUGAAGUUGGGGAUUAUUAGGAAAACGGGUGUAGGAGCAGGUUCCAAGAUGUAUAAGCACAUGCUUACAAUUUUUGCCAUUUCGAGGACUGAGACUAUUCUUGAGAAGGUGACAAAUUUUGAGAAGUUCGGAUUUACAGAGGAUGAAGUUUUUAGGCUUCUUGGACUGUCGCCUGUCCUGUUGACACUUUCCAUAGAUAAAGUUCAGCGGAAUAUGACUUUUGUGUUGGGUACCAUGAAGCUAAGUGCAAAUGUUGUGCUCCAGAACCCAUUUUUGGUAUUGGUUAAUCUGGAGAGAGUGAUAAAAACAAGGUUUCAUUUAGGGGGGAAGAUAGACGAUAUGGGUCUUCAGCCUCAAAUAAAAGGCCCUUUGUUGUUGAAGGCAUUACGGAUGUCAGAGAAACGGUUCCUCAAGGUUUUUAUAGAAUGUCAUUCAAUGGAUGUUGCCGAGGAGCUAAUGGUGUUUUACAGAACUACGAAAUACAUGAGUAGAUUGGCUGAAACUUCAAAGAAGAAGACUACUCGUAAAGGGUUUCCAUUUUGAAAGGUUUUGGAUUCUUUUUAUGUAAAGUGAUCGCUUUACUACAAUCAUCUGACUAUCUGAAUUGCUUUUGCUCUUAUAAUGAUUAAUUAAUUUACCAGUGUUUUUGUAGGUCUGCUUUGUAUCUCCUAGGAUGUGUUUACAAUGUUUUUGAUUAUUUUCCAGAUCGCAGAUGAAUGAUUUUAUUGGCUUGGGGGCUUGAUUUUUGAGAGAUUCUCAGCAAUUUCGACUGCUGACUCCUUGAAUUGGGGAAUUUAUUGAUAAUGUUUGGCAGAAUAUGGCCCUUAUAUUUGUUAUUAACUGAUAAAGAAAUACAUGUAACUGUGUUGCCUUGUAAUCCAUUCUUGAAAGUGAUUGACCUGGAGUAUGAUGGAUCCACAUUUUUCAUUUGGGAAAAAGAUGAAAUGGAUAUAUGGUUUUGCCUAAAGUAGAAGGUGACAUCUAGAUUCCCAGAGAUCUGGGUUUCAAGGAUGUUGCAAAAAAGCUAAUAGCAUUGCACAAACUAUCAGAUGCAUGGUUUUGACUGAUUUCAACCUUUAUUUUCAUAAACAAGUUCCAUUUUGAAUCUUUUCCAUCUUUGUGAAGUGAUUCUUUUCCUGUGAUUAUCUGAAUACUUUUAACUGGUUUCAACUUCUUCUUUUUCAUUUUGAAUGUACCACAACAUUUGGUGCACACUCUUCAUCCGAGUUUCCUCUUCUCGAUACAUGUUUUACAUAUGAAAUGUAUAAAGGUGCACCCUUGCAUGAGCUAAAAUGAAAGGCAUUUACUAUACUAGAGUUGUUAGACUUGGAGAUGGCGACCAUGGUUAUGUUUGUCGCAACAAGUUGAAAAUGGAGGCUAAUGAGGGCUAUUGUCUGAACCAGAGACUUUUGUUUGUAGUUGAAUAUUAAUGCGGUGAAGCUGAACUGCUAGCUGAAAUGCUGAAUGAAGUAAAUCCGUUUGACAAAAGAGCUAAAAAAGUGACCGGGUAAAUGAAAUUACAUAAAAGGACAUAUAUUUAUUAAUAGAAUUAAAUAUUAUUAUAAUGAUUUUAUAUUUUAAUUAUUUAAAUAUUAAGUUCGGAGUACAUACGUGUGUAUAUAAUACACACAGGUACGUAGGUAGAUCAAGAUAUGCAUCAUGACCGAUUGGUCUUGCUUCAAAUGCUUUAAAGGUACUAUAACAGGUUUGGCGCAUUGAGGGUCUGCUUGUUCGUCCAGAUAUGGUCUCCCACAAAAGUGACCGUGAAAUCUUCACCGACAUAACCAGGACAACGCAGCCCAGAUGAGAUCUUCCACCCCUGCGAUGUUGCAGUGCAGAGCUUCGCAGGUCUCCGGAAACCAGGUUUGGCGGUCCAUCUAUAGCACACCUAGGAAGAAGGUUUCUUUUCACACCGGAAUGUUUCUGGAUCAACUCUGCAAGACCAUAUAUGAUUUGUGAUUACAGGACUUACAACAAGUUAACAAUGAAGAUUGAAGGCAUGAGUUCUCAGAGAUUAAAAGUGCAUUUAUUAUCGGCUGAAUAGCUCCUGCCGAACAUAGCCCAAGACAAAUCCUAUGUUAAAGGAAUGUGCGUUGUGUUUUGCUGUUAUUGUUAGAGGAAAAAAUAUAUAUGUACAGGAGUACAGAAGCAUAUUCCAGGACCAACAUGAUUAGCUAUACAACAACCUAGCUAGGAAAAAACCCACAUGGAAUUAAUGGAAAUAAAAAGGAGAUCAAUUUUGCGAGAUACAUUAUAUACAAAUUUUGUAAGCUAAGUUUUUUAAUUUGAACUAUCAAACAUAAUGGUGCAUGUUCCAAGCCU